AUCUGUCAUUAGCCCAAUAUCUCUCUCUUAUAUAAAUCCCUCCCUCAUUUUUUUCACAUUCGUCUUUCUCUCUAUAUUUCAAAAACCUCUCUCUACCGUUUUCUCUCUCUCGAAUAUCUCGCAACCAUGACUGCUUACCGAGGAAAGUACGCUGAUGAGCUCAUUGCCAAUGCUGCCUACAUUGCUACCCCUGGAAAGGGAAUUCUUGCUGCUGAUGAGUCCACUGGAACCAUUGGAAAGCGUUUUGCUAGCAUCAAUGUUGAGAAUGUAGAGUCUAACAGGAGGGCUCUUCGUGAGCUUCUCUUCACCACUCCUGGUGCUCUCCCAUACCUCAGUGGAGUAAUCCUCUUUGAGGAAACUCUUUACCAAAAGACUGCCUCAGGUAAACCUUUUGUUGAUGUCAUGAAGGAAGGUGGUGUCCUUCCUGGUAUCAAGGUUGACAAGGGUGUAGUUGCACUUGCUGGAACCGAUGGCGAGACAACUACUCAAGGUCUUGAUGAUCUUGGUAAGCGUUGUGCUCAGUACUAUGCUGCUGGAGCUCGUUUUGCCAAAUGGCGUGCUGUCCUUAAGAUUGGUCCAAAGGAGCCUUCUCCUCUUGCUAUUUUGGAAAAUGCCAAUGGUCUUGCUCGCUAUGCCAUCAUCUGCCAAGAGAACGGGUUGGUUCCUAUUGUUGAGCCCGAGAUCUUGGUUGAUGGUUCCCACGACAUUGACAGAUGUGCUGAGGUUUCUGAGCGUGUGCUUGCAGCUUGCUACAAGGCCCUCAAUGACCACCAUGUUCUCCUCGAGGGUACCCUCUUGAAACCUAACAUGGUUACCCCUGGGUCAGAGUCCACAAAGGUCUCCCCCGAUGUUAUUGCAGAGUACACUGUCCGCACCCUGCAGAGGACCGUUCCUCCAGCUGUUCCCGGUAUAAUGUUCUUGUCCGGUGGUCAGAGUGAGGAAGAGGCUACUCUUAACCUAAACGCCAUGAACAAGCUCCAGACCAAGAAGCCAUGGACCCUGUCCUUCUCUUACGGACGUGCCCUUCAGUCGAGUACCCUCAAGGCAUGGCAAGGCAAAGAAGAGAAUGUUGCUAAGGCUCAAGGAGUCUUCCUUGCUAGGGCUAAGGCCAACUCUGAAGCUACUCUUGGUAAGUACCAAGGUGGAGCUGGAGGAGCUGAUGCAUCUGAGAGCCUUCAUGUCAAGGACUACAAGUACUAAGCCAAGUUUUGUUCGUCUUCCCACCUUCACUUCCCGCCUUCGUGUAUGCAGUAAAUUUGCGAGUUUUUUUGUCCACUGUGAAGUGGGAAGUGCGCCCUAAUCUUAGAAGCGGUGUGUGUUUUCUUUAGACCUGUUAUUUUUCAUUUUACUUGUUUCUUAGAUUUGAUGACUAAAAAAACUAAAUAAAAGCUUUAUGAGUUAGAUUUGCCCUUGUGAACAGAGGGUGUUAUUGGUUUUGAUAUUCACGGAAAGUGUCCAUUUUAAUAUAAUAUAAAGUCAUUGCGACGUUUGUUAUUUA